AUGGCCGCGCCGCCUGACCGCGGCCACGCCCCCCGCGCUCCCAUUGGCUGCGCGUGGCUCCGGGGGCGGGGCCGCGCGGGCGGGGCGGAGCUUUGCUCCCUCCGCGCGGGGGGGCGGGGCUUCACACGCUGCGGGGGCGUGGCUUGGGGAGGUCCCGACCAAUCAGGAGAGCGCAGCCGCGGAGCUCGGGCGGGGAUUGGCCGGCGGUGGGGAGGGGCGGGGCCAGAGCCGGACACGCCCCCUCACGGGCGCAGCGCCCCCCGCGGGGCUCGGGCCGAGGGCACCGGGACCCACCCGGGAGCAGGGAUGGACGAGCCCGGCGGGAGCCGCGGGGGCUUCCUGGGGGUGGCGCCCCCCCCGUGGGAGCGGCCGGGGCCGCCCCCUCCCCAAAUGGCGGCGGCGGGGGGGGGCGAGCUGGAGUACGUGGACCUGGACGAGUUCCUGCGGGAGCACGGGCUGCCCCCCAGCCCCCCCGAGCCCCCCGCCCCCGAGCGGCCGCCCGCCGCGGGGCCCCCCCGGGCGCUCCCGGAGGCGCCGCCGGCCGAGGCGGAGGGGCCCGGGGGGGGCCCGUUCGACCCCCGGCGGCUCCGCUUCUCGCAGGAGGAGCUGCGGCCGCAGCCCAUCGCCCGCAAGGCCCGCAAGGUGCACGUCCCCGAGGAGCAGAAGGAUGAGAAGUACUGGAGCCGGCGCUCGCGGAACAACGCGGCGGCCAAGCGCUCGCGGGACGCGCGGCGGCUGAAGGAGAACCAGAUCUCGGUGCGGGCGGCGUUCCUGGAGCGCGAGAACGCCGCGCUGCGCGUCGAGGUGGCGGCGGCGCGCCGCGAGCUCCAGCGCUUCCGCGGGAUCCUGGCGCGCUACGAGGCCCGGCACGGGCAGAUCUGAGCGGGG